AUUCAGUAUAUUGUGUUGCCUAAAACUCGAUUUCAGGUCUCACGUGUUUUUAGGUUAUGUUUACAUGUGAAUGCCAUCAAAUUUUAUAAAUUAUAAUCAUUCACUGAAAUAGUUUUAAUUUUAUUAUCCAAAUAAUGGAUAAAGUGAAAAAAUUCGACACUAUUAUUCGAACCAUAGAAGAUGACGAAGAAAUAGAAGAUUUGUCUGAAAAUAGUGAUGUUGAAGUUGAGUUUCAACCGACGAAACAAAAAUCAAUAAAUAAAGCUGCAUUCGAUAACGAAUUCAACUUUGUAAGUUCGAUAGAAGAAUAUAAUAAAGAUAGGUGGAACGAUUUAACAAAAUAUGUUAAACGUAAAGCAAAACAGAAAACCGAUGAUAAAAUUAAAAAAUUCAGAACCACAGAGACCGAGGAGGAUGUAGAAGAAAACGGAGACGCAGAUGCACAAUCAGAUAUCUCACUUUCCGAUGACGAAUUAAAACAUGACAAGAUCAAACUAAAGAAAAAGAAUACAAAAAAGAAAGCGAAAGAAGUUGAUGAGGCUGAAUUUUUUGAAGAUGUAGAGUUCAAUUCUGAGGAAAAUGUUAGUUUUUAUCAAAUGAAUUUAUCUAGGCCAUUGUUGAAGGCUAUUUCUGAUAUGAAAUUCGUACAUCCAACUCCUAUUCAAGCAGCCACCAUACCUGUAGCAUUACUGGGCCGUGACAUAUGCGGUUGUGCAGCCACCGGUACCGGCAAAACAGCUGCUUAUAUGUUACCAACCUUAGAAAGACUAUUAUAUCGACCAUCAGGCGACGUUCCUGUCAUUAGAGUGCUGGUGUUAGUCCCCACUCGAGAAUUGGGCGUCCAAGUUUAUCAAGUCACUAAACAAAUAUGCCAAUUCACCGACAUACACGUUGGUUUGGCAGUAGGGGGGUUAGAUUUAAAAACCCAGGAGAAUAUAUUGAGGAAAAGUCCCGAUAUUGUUAUAGCCACUCCUGGAAGAUUGAUAGAUCAUUUGAAAAGCACUCCCAGCUUUGGUCUGGACGCUGUAGAGGUACUAAUACUCGAUGAAGCUGAUAGGAUGCUCGACGAGUAUUUUGCAGAGCAAAUGAAUGAAAUUAUCAAGCAGUGCUCUCGAAAACGACAAACGAUGCUUUUUUCAGCCACCAUGACUGAAGAGGUUGAAAGUUUAGCUGCGGUCUCGCUCUCAAAACCUAUCAGACUCUUCGUAGACAGCAACAGAGAUGUUGCCUUCAAUUUACGCCAGGAAUUUAUUAGAAUACGUUCUGAUAAUGAAAUAGACCGGGAACCCAUACUAGCAGCUUUAGUUUGUCGAACUUUCAGGGAGCAUUGCAUGGUGUUUGUACAAACCAAAAAACAGGCACAUCGUGUGCAUAUUUUAUUAGGACUUUUAGGACUUAAAGUUGCUGAAUUACACGGAAAUUUGACGCAACCUCAACGUUUGGAGAAUUUGGAACGAUUCAAGACUAAACAAGUCGAUAUCUUGAUAGCUACAGAUGUAGCGGCGCGUGGUCUGGAUAUAUCAGGAGUACAAACUGUAAUCAACUUUGUAAUGCCUGCUACAGUCGAACAUUACAUACACAGAGUUGGUAGGACUGCUAGAGCGGGACGAGCAGGUGUAUCCGUCAGUUUAGCGGGAGAAAAAGAAAGAAGGAUAGUCAAAGACGUCAUCAAACGUGCUAGAAACCCUGUCAAGAGCAGGGUAAUUCCUCCGGAUAUUCUAGAAAAGUACAAAAUUAAGAUUGAAAGUUUGGAAGCACAAAUAAACCAAAUCCUACAAGAAGAAUAUGAAGAGCGGAUGCUUAGUAAAGCCGAAAACCAAGCGAAUAGAGCGGGAAAGAUACUUAAAGGCGAAAAACCCGAAGCUAGACCCUGGUUCCAGACCAAACAACAACGAAAAGAGGAACAAGAAAAAUUAAGCUUGAAGAACGUACCUAAAAAGGAUAAAAACGACAAAGGACCUAAAGGCAAAGACAAUAAAAAGAAGGGUAAAGGAAAGGACGGUCCGGAAGCUAGAAUAACCGACGAGCUUAACAAAGUGAUGCUGGUGCAAGCGCGAUUAGCGAAACGGAAACACAAACAGAAGAAAAUUAGUACCGUCCCAGAUGAUGGUUCGCAGAAGGCUGGGACUGUGGUGAAGAAGAAGAAAUCUUACUUUUCCGAUCUGGUCGAUACGUCGCAGAAGAAGGCGAAGAAACUUAGAUACGAAAGUAAUUUUAAGCAGAAAAUGAAGGGUAAGGGCAAUAAAGGGAACGCUGGGAAUAAGAAGAAUAAAACUUUCGGGAAACCACAACAAAAGAAGAGAAAGUAAAUUGUAA